GGGAGGCUGUAAGGAGGCCCAGGAGGCGAAGGAGCACUACAUGGAGGAGAUGGCGGACACGGCUGACGCUAUAGAGAUGGCCACGCUGGACAAGGAGAUGGCUGAGGAGCGGGCAGAGUCCCUGCAGCAGGAGGUGGAGUCUCUGAAGGAGAAACUGGAAGAGCUCGUCAUGGACCUGGAGAUCCUCAAACACGAGCUAGAGGAGAAAGGUUCAGACGGUGCUGCUUCCAGUUACCAUGUGAAACAGCUGGAGGAGCAGAACGGCAGGCUGAAGGAAGCUCUCGUCAGGAUGCGUGACCUGUCUGUGUCGGAGAAGCAGGAACACGCGAAGGUCCAGAAGCAGACAGAGAGGAAGAGCACAGAGCUGGACACCCUGAGGACUCAGAGAGAGAAACUCCAGGAGGAGAUGAAACUGGCCGAGAAGACCAUCGAUGAACUCAAAGAACAGGUCAGCAAACAGCACAAG